AUGACUGUCGCAGAUAUUCCUUUGGUAUCGCAGCAAUCCGCUGGUGAUAUUAACCCUAGAAAGCGCAAGCAUGAAGAAGAUGAUGAUGAGAAAGAAGCAGAAUCCAAUUCAACUGGUAUGGAAACAGUAUCAUCAGAACUUCGUCAACCAGAUUUGCCAGAAUUCAAUUUGAUACCUGCAAAGAAUCCAGCUAAAGAAGAGCUUGGUGAGAAACCUUCAUCUGAAGAAUGGCAAACGGCUGGAAAUGGAAAUUAUCCUGCUAUUACUUUCGCAGCAAAGGAGUCUAGGCUUUCAGGUCCAAUUAAGAUUGGAGAUUUACAAAGCCUCGUUCUUUAUCUUCUUGCAGAUGGGAUGGCCCCUCAAUUUGUUUCUAUUCGUCAUCGACCACAAUUCCGAAAAGUUGUCGUACUUAUGGUCCCUGGACUUGAAGAAUCUAUGUUUGGUACCAAGCCUGUAUCUGAUUCACAUCGACAUUCUCCAGAUGAAUAUCUCCCGCGCAAGUUGAAGUCUGAAACUUUGCCUGCAAAUUUGAAGCUAUUUGCGGAUAUGUUUGAAUACAUAUGGCCAGUCAAAACACCGGGAGAUAAGAAAUAUGCAAAGAUGCAUUCUCCUUUACAUGCUAUGCUAACAGCACCUGUAACUAAAAGCCAAGAAAAUAAGAAUAAUCACGGGAAAGGUCCAAAGAAAGCUAGAGAGCCUAAUGGUUGGCAAAACACUCGCACCCCAAUUACACAAUUCCUUACAUCGCCCGAAGAUCUUCAAGAAAAUGGUUAUACCCUUCAUCCCGCAACCUAUGACGAUUUAGUCGAUAGAAACAACUUGGCAGAACAGCGCAAGACUUGGGAGCUUGAUGAGGCUCAUGGAUGGGUAGACACAAAAGUUAAUAAUUUUGAUGAAGGAUCAGUUCCAGAUAAUGACUUUGAGCAAGAAGUCUAA